GAAAUGUUAAUAAUGAAGAAAAUAAUAAAUUUAAUUAUUUAGACUUUAUCGACAAUAAUACAAUAUCGUGGUCUGGGUAUCUACUAUCUGAAAAAUUACAACUUACAAAAUAUGAACUAACUUUAAAAGUAUAUAUCUAAGAAACAGAUACUUGCUGUUAAAACGAAAACAUUUUAAAUUGUGUAGAAUGUGAAGAAAAUUGAAGUGUACAGUACAUGAACCAACAGUAGUUCACUAUAGUUCAUUAAAUAAUUAAUUUUUAGUGUUUUGUACGAUAAAAGGAUAAAAUUCUAAGUAAUGUACAAUAUACUAAUACAUUUGAAAUCAAUUUUUUUUUCAAUUGCCAGUAAAAUGUGAUAAUUUUGUGUAGCAGUGAAAAAUAUUUAACAUGUUUGAACUUGAAGAUUUUGAUUUAGAAGAUGAAGUAUUUCUUAAUACCCAGAUGCCUCCAUUCACUGGUACAUCACCAUUAAAAUCAUUAAAUUCAAAUCCUGUUACUUCAAAUUUUGAAGAUGAUGAUGAAAUAUUCUUAAGUGUAUCAAAUUCAGUUUUUGAAUUGGAAUCUUCACACUCUGAAAAUAUUGAAUUAAAAAAUAAAACAACAAAAGAACAAAAUAAAAAUAAUGAUAAUUCACAAAAUAUGCUUGAAACCCAAUCUAAAUCAGAAAUUACAAAACCAUUUAUUGAAAGUCAGCCAAAUAAAUUAAAUUUUGAUGAUGAUUUUGAUUCUGACGAUGAAAGUUUUUUCAACACAUCCAAUAUAGUCCAAGGCCCUAGGAGUCCAUUACAGGACAAUGACCGUACAGUUAAAUUUGAUUUUAAUGAUGAUCAUAAUGAGGUUUCUAUUGCCAAUUCUGAAAUUUACCAGAUAAAAUCUUCAAACAUAAAAAGUUUUAAUAAAUCAAAUUGCAAUAGUCAUCUUAAUACGACUAUUACUAGUGUAAAAAUAAUGACUCCAAAAAGUACAUCUAGAAAAUUUCCUGGACCUGCUGGUCUUCUUUCAGAAAAUGAAGAUCUUUAUUCCGAAGAUCCUUCAAACUUGGAAUCUUUGGAUAGGUCAAUUAACAUUAGCGAUAAUGAUAACAGAGAAGAGUUGUGCACUCAAGCAAAUGACUCGUCUUUUUCUUCAUCACCAUAUCAACAAUUCCUAUCAGAUUUUUUCACCACUGAUGUUGAUACUUUGUUAGAUAAAUUUAAUGUGGCAUGGAUAAAACAGAAACUGCUUCCAUACACUGCGUCUGGUCGUUUUUUCACGGAUAAAAUACCUUUUUUUGUUUCUGUUUUAAAAGAAAUUGAUUGUUUAUCACCAGAUCCAACAGUUCUACUUGCUGACAAAACAGGACAUAUCAGAGGAACAAUUCAUAGAGCUGUUUGGAACCAAUUUAGCAGUCAAUUAAAGCUAGGGGCUGUUUUAGUAUUAUCCAAUGUUGGUGUAUCAUGUCAAAAAAUACUCAAAGGAUUUACACUAAAUAUUACUAGUGAUCAUUUAGUUGCCAUUUACAGUUAUUCUUCUGAGGAUGUUGAAGAAGUAAUUGUGACUCGAACAACAGAUAUGACAAAUGAAGAAAUAGUUAAUGGAGCCAAACAAUGGAAUGCAUUUAACGUGGAAGCUUUUAAGAAAAAUUCUCAUUCAGUGAAUAUUAAGAGUCGGAUGAAUGUGCUUAAUAAUUUAAAAUUACACAACAUUUCGACCGAUCAUAGUUCUCAACCAUCAAAUGCAAACUACCAAAACACAAAUAAUACUCCUAGCCAAUCAACACCUGUUAAAAGUUUUUUCAGACCAAAAACUCCUAUAGCUCAUAAUUUAUUCAAAAGUGUUCCUACCGUUUCUAGUAGUUUUCCAGAAGAACCACCUACCAAACGGACGAGAAAUGAAUUUGAACCUGAAGAUCAAUAUUCAAACAAUGAAAUCUCUAUUAUUCAAAAUAUUUUUGAAGGAAUUGAUGAAGAUGAAAUGUUUAAUGAUUUUUGUUGUUAAAGUCCAUCUUGAGCUUCAAAGUUACUUUAUUUCAAAGGUGCUUUUUAAUUUAAUUUGAUUGUAGUUUGUAAAAGUUUUUUUUUGUUUUGUAAUUAAAUCUUAUUGUUAGUGAUAACAGUCUAUUUCCACUGUUGAUUUCAUAAUUUAUUGUAAGCUACAUUAUUCUUCAUGUCUACAGUCUACAUCUUUGAUGAAUGAUUUUUCUACUUUAUAAUAAUAUUAAACCAAAUAAUGAUUGAAAGUAAAUUAAAUUGUUUCAAUUUUACUUAAGAUUCCUAUAUUUUUUGUGUUUUCAAUGUGAUGUUGUAUACAAUAAUUUAGAGUUUCGUCGAUGGUGGAACAUUCAUUUUUAGAUUUUCUUAGCCCUGGCUUAGCAAACUCGGAUGUACCUGAUUGAUUUUUUAUUCCAAUUUUAAUAUUUAUACUAAUAACACCUCUGUCCUAUGUUGAUUUUAACAAAAUAAUUGUCCAAUGCUUUGUUUCUAUGUUAUAUCUACAAAUACCACAUGAGUUUUAAGAUCAUAUUAUAUUUCAUUUUUAAUAUUAUUUAUUGCUGAAAUGUGUUAAAUUUUAAUUUUGAAUAGUAUUUUAUCAACGACAUUUGGUAAUUUGCAGCACUACAUAGUGCAAACUGCAAACACUAUUAUUCUUUAUAUGGCGCAUUUAAAUUAUCGUACUCCACAGUAUUAAGUAUUUACUUUGGGUUUAUAUUUGUUCUUUACAAAUGUACAUAAUACGGUGGAGAACCAGAUUAUCUUGUCAUAUUGUUCUAUUGUACAAUAUCAUAUUAUGUACUUAAAAUACUAUGGCUUGUAAGUACAAUAGGCAAGUUGUGUUAGGUGUACGUUGACUGAGAAAGUCCAAUACAUUUUUUUAAAAAAAAGUGGUGCCCCUUA